CCGGAGGAUCGGCGGCAGGGCCACAGCACCCCCUCUGCCUGCUAACCUAUCUUUCCGAUGCACCGUAUAUCCUUGGCCACUCAGCUCCCAAUGGCAGCCAUCCUGUAGCCAAGUUUCAGAGAUCAGGUCGAUCAAGAUUUGAAUAGCUCAGACUCAGCAGAAAGCAGCUGAUUGGGCAGUCGAGGUCAGGUGACCAAGCAGUUUGAUUGAGCAAUUGAAAAUUGAAAAGCUCAAACAAAUAAAAAGAGGGAUAACUCAAACAGGGAAGGAGUGCAGCUUUGACUUGAGAGGCUUUGGUGAGCAGAAGCUGAGGACGAGCUUGCUCCCAGUGAGGUAAGGCUGGGGUAGAAAAGGCAAAGGAUUUGUAGACGCAAAGCUUGAACACACCAGCACGUCAGAUCCACUGUAUCGACCAGUUCACCAGCGCUUGAGUACCAUCAGUCUCUGAUUAUGGAGGAUGCUUAAGGAGAGAGAUUUGGGUGAACCAGCCUGGAGUUUGUCUUAUGAAGGAGCGACCAGUUAUUCCCUUUGUGACACCGAUAUUUCUGGUGCUGAUCCUUGGAGCAGACGAUGCAUCUCGUCCCAGCUGGAAACGUGCUUUGUGUCUAAAGUCUUGUGCUUUAGCUCAGCAGAGUCCACUGGAGCCGGGGUGCUGAGAACCCUCCGGCAUCUGUUCACCGGAGAUCAGCUCUUCAACUGCAUUGACUGUGCGAGGGAUUCACCACACCAGGUCUCACUCGCUGAAUCGUCAGAGGAUUGACAGCAGGGAGAGAGAAAUCAGCGACUCUCCACGACGUAAAGAUCACUCGCCUGCUUUCAGUGCGGCAGGCGAUUCACUCUGUCAGCCCAACCUCAAGCACAGGAGUGAGUUAACACUGGGGUGAGGCUCUUCACCUGUUCCGUGCGGAGGAGGGCAUAUACUCAGUCAUCCCAGCCUGAGGAUAAUCAGUAAGACUCUGAGACAUAGGGACUGUUCUGGCUGUGGGGAGCGACUCAUUCUCGCGUCCUAGCUGAAGAUAAUUCCAAAAGAAUUCACUGCGGUGAGAGGGUGUGAGGAGAUUCACUCGCUCCUACAUCCUACUGACACGCCAGCGAGUUCACGCGAGAGAGAGAGAGAGCGAGGGAGGGGUGCCGUUCGACUGUCAACAGGAUCCGCCAGCUCGUCCCGCGCGAUGAGUCUCCAGCGAGCCCGCUCACACGCCAGGCUGUUCACCUGCUCCGACUGCGGGAAGGGAUUCACCCGGUCCUCCCACCUGCUGGCCCACCAGACGGUCCACACCGGGGAGAGGCCGUUCACCUGCUCGGAAUGCGGGAAGGGGUUCACCGAGCCGUCUCACCUGCAGGCGCACCGGCGCGUGCACACCGGGGAGCGGCCGUUCGCCUGCUCGGUGUGCGGGAAGGGGUUCACCCACUCCUCCCACGUGAUGAGGCACCAGGUCGUUCACUCCGGGGAGAAGCCGUUCAGCUGCCCGGACUGCGGCAAGGCGUUCACCCAGUCGUCGUCCCUGCAGACGCACCAGCGGAUCCACAGAGGGGAGAGGCCGUUCGUCUGCUCCGACUGCGGUAAGGGGUUCACUCAGUCGUCCGAACUACUGAAGCACCAGAGGGCUCACUCUGGGGAGAGCCUGUUCACCUGCUCCGAAUGUGGGAAGGGAUUCACUCAUACCUGCUACCUGAGGAGGCAUCAGCUGGUCCACUCGGGGGAGAGGCCGUUCAGUUGCUCAGACUGCGGGAAGGGGUUCACUCGGUCCUCUCACCUACUGGCCCACCAGACGGUUCACACCGGGGAGAGGCCGUUCACCUGCUCGGACUGCGGGAAGGGGUUCACCGAGUCAUCCCACCUGCAGGCCCACCAGCGAGUUCACACCGGGGAGCGGCCAUUCACCUGCCCCGUGUGCGGGAAGGGGUUCACCCACUCCUCCCACGUGGUGAGGCACCGGCGGGUUCACUCCGGGGAGAAGCCAUUCACCUGCCCGGACUGCGGCAAGGCGUUCACCCAGUCGUCCCACCUGCAGGCGCACCAGCGGAUCCACACGGGGGAGAGGCCGUUUAUCUGCUCCGUCUGCGGGAAGGGGUUCAUCCUGUCGUCUCAGCUGCUGAGACACCAGCGGGUCCACACCGGGGAGCGGCCGUUCACCUGCUCCGAAUGCGGGAAGCGAUUCACUCAGUUGUCUCACCUGGGAAAGCACAAACGCAUUCACGCUGAGAGGCCACACCCCUGUCCCGUAUGAGCAAAGAGGUUCACGCGGGCAAUACGGUGCUGCUGAUAGACUAGCGAGGUUAGUCAGGGCGUUCGGCUGCUCAGACAGUGGGAAACAAUUUACUGUGUCAUCUUGUGAGGGUCACUAGCAUCUCACAUGCCGGAAGGGAGGCUUCAGCAUCUAAGACAAAACUCAAGACUUCUUACAAAAUUCAACUAGGAAAACUAACAAGAGGUCAGACAAACAAUGCAGAAUCUUGAAGAACUGAAGUCACUGACAAUACACAGAGGAACUCUGUCCAAGUUUCACCAGACAAGGGAGCAAAAUGACCCUACAAAGAGAGGCAGGCAUGCGCCCUUGAAACACACCAUGGAGCAUGCUAAUUAAUUAAAUUGUCCCAAAUUGAAUAAAUGUGAUAAAUACAAGGAGAGUUUAACAAUCCCCACGAUCCUACAUGAGACACCUGUAACACAUGAAAACCCAGAGCUGGUCCAAAGACAAUUAGACAUAAAAGGUAAACAGUCCAAAGACAAGGCAUAUGCAGUAGGUAACCCCCCCAAGAAAAUACAGUCCGUAUACUAACUGACAAUGAAAAUCUCUUUUUAUAAAUAAUCUGAUUGUGACACAUCUCACCUGCAGACCCACUAGUGAGUCCACAGUGCAGUGAGACUGGUUAUCUGCUCGGUGUGUGGGGAGGGAUUCACUCACUCAGCUCACCUGCGGACACACCAGCAAGUUCACACUGGGAAAGAGGGCAUUUGGCUGCUCUGUGUGGGAGGGGAUACACUCAGUCAUCUGGCCUGAAGAUGCAUCGGGGACCGUUUGCCUGUUCUGUCUGUUGGAAGCGAUUCAUUGAGUUGUCUGGCCGCAGGACGGAUCACAGAGUUCACCCUGGAGAGUGGUCGUACCACUUGUUCUGAGCGUGGAAGGGGUUUCAUUGGAUAAUCACAACGGCUGAGUCACCAGCGAGUUCACAGAGGGGAGAGGCCAUUCACCUGCUCUGGAUGUGGGAAGGCAUUCACUCAGUUAUCCCACCUCUGAAAGCAAUCACAGUGAGAGGCCACUGUGUGAGCAAAGAGAUUUAUUUGAUUGCCACUGUUAGGGUGUAUUCUGGGGUUAGGAUAUAUAACAAACAUGGAUUGUAGAUUAAAUUUAAAAUGCAGCCCUGAACAAUAGUUUUCCUGGAGUUGACUGCAAACCAGGCAAUGGUGAUUAACAUUCAUUUUGGGUGUCUGGAGCGUGGGUGCAACGAAAGAGGCGCGUGAAAACUAUAUGUAAUUCACAGGAAGCAUUGUAGAUACAUUGUAACUAUAGAAUUAUUCUGCUGUCAUCUUUGAUCUUCAGCAUAUAAAAAUGUCAUGUUAUAUUGGGUCAAACAGCCCUCUUCCUCCGAGAGGGUCUCAUUUUGUUGAAUAAAACACUUCUGUAUCCACUAGCUUCAGUGUGCCUCCGGUGACUUUGGUCACAUCGCAACUGUCCCAUCUGCUGAAAUGCGAGCAACUUCACACAAGGGAGGACGUGCAAAUAAGCUAUCUGUUAAGUAUUUAACCAUCGUGAUGACUGAAUCCAGUCGCAGAUUCCCAAGGGGUUGUUGAUGUCAGGUUUUGUGGUUGUUGUGGCUGCUCACACAUCCGGGACUGAACCCUGGCCAUUCAGCAUCGGAGGGGUUCUGCUAAUGCCGGCCUUAAAUGAGACUGACGUUUAAUAAUGUGCAUCUGUGACAAACAAAUUUCUGUUUCAUAUCCUGAGUUUCAGUUGCUUGCUGUUCCGGCCACAGGUCCAAUAUACAGUCGGGAAGCCACUCAGCCCGGCUGGUCCCUGCCCGUUUCUCUGUACCAUGUCAGUCCUUUUAAAUCUAUCCCUGUCGUUCAUCUCUCACUCUCCCACCGGGUCACCGCUCUUGUGUGGGGGUGAAGUGGUUACCUUGAAUUUUAUCUCCGACAUUCCCAGACGGGCGAGCUCACUGGACUUCAAGGAACUGUGCCUCAGAAAGGCGGCACCCAUUCAUUAAGGACCCCUCCCCCUUCACCCAGGACUGUUACCGUCGGGAAGGAGGUACUGAAGCCUGAAGACCCACACUCAGCGGUUCAGGAACAGCUUCUUCCCCUCUGCUAUCCGAUUCCUAAAUGGACAGUGAACCCAUGAACACUACCUCAUUUUUAUUAUUUCUGUUUUUGCACUAUUUUUAAUUUAACUGUUUAAUAUACAUAAAUAUUCUUACUGUAAAUGAUUUACUGUUUUUUUUAAUGUUUUCCAUUGUAAUGCUGCCCCAAAAGUUGACAAAUUUCACGACACAUGCCAGUGAUAUUAAACCGGAUUCUGAUUUUGUCUCAGAUAUUCUGCGUUUUCUGAAGGCUCCGGACGAGCGGAGAAUAUCGUGGGUUGUUAAACUCGAGUCUCACACACCUGCUGGCUGGAGUCCGACAGCGGAAUGGACAGUCAUUAGGUAGAUAGACGAAAACGAGGAGGGGCCAGCACGGGGCAGGCUUGGGCUUCAGACCAGGAGUAUGUGGCAACAAAAGGUCGAUUGAUAACAUUUCCCGAGGAAGGGCCUCGGCCCGAAACAUUAACUGUUUAAUCAUUUCCAUAGACGCUGCCUGACCUGCUGAGUUCCUCCAGCAUUUUGUGCGCAUUGCUUUGAUUUCCAGCGUCUGCAGAUUUUCUCUGGUUUGUAUUAGCAACAUCUGGAAGCUGACUGGCUGAAUAAAAAUAUUUUAUAAGUGCAAAAUGCUGGAGGAACUCAGUAGGUCGGGCAGCGUGGUGCAGAAUCUUGGCACGAAAUGUCAGCUGUCUGAUCUGCUGAAUUUCUCCGGCAUUUUGUGUGUAUCGCUCUGGAUUUCCAGCAUCUGCAGAAUCUCCUGUGUCUUUUUCGUAUCUGGGAGCGUGUUGGGCUGGCUUUUGACACACAGAGACCGUUCGGGCGCUUUCCCCUCCAGUCUGCCGAGCGGAUGGAUCUCCCAGACACUGCCGAGCUUUCGCUAUCUAAAUCCACGAUUUGAAACUCCGAGUUCCCAUUUGAUCCCCUGUGAAGAACGUCCAGGGCCUUUCCAAUAAGUGGAUGUUAUGGCAGAAACGCAAGGCGAACACUGAGAUUAGGUCCGGUGUUCAGAAACAGCUGAUGUCCAAAUCUUGGUAGAUAGUUGAGACUGAGGUCCAAAAUACAGUUAUUAUCAAAGUAUGUAUACAUAACGUAUCCAACCUUCAGAUGUGUCCUCUUGCAGGCAGCCUCAAAACAAGUAAACACCGUACAACCUAUUAACCCACAGAACAGAGAACGGUCGAACUCCCUCUGUGCAAACAACACAAAGACCGCGACCGCAGUGUCUCCAAAAAUGAGUCCACGAGCUCAGCGCCGAGGCAAGUGCUGGGGUUUGCAGGCCACAGCUGCAGUGUGGAGAGCUGCAUGGAAAAAAAAACCAGACAAAAUCUUUACAUCUGCUUUCGUUCUCUCGAAAUCCAUCUUUGUUCAACCUCCUCUGUCUGUGGACCUCUCUACCGACCAGAACGUGUUUUUUUCCUCCAUUCUCUCUGGGAACAUGAUUGAUAUCAGACAUUUUUCUCCAGGGUAACGAGUGACCUGUAACAUUUCACAUGGCGAAAGUGCCACACGUUAACAAUGUCUUUCAUGAAAAUUGAAUCACCUCCCCCUUUGGCUUCAUAUCGCCAUCAGCGUCAAAUUUUCCGACUGUCUGCAUCAGAAUGAAAUGAAAUAUCUUUAUUGUCAUUGCAUAGUACAAUUUGUCAUGCACCAAUACAGCGAAAAUGAGUUUGCAACUCUCGUACUCCAUGCCAUAAAACAACAAAUAAAAUAAAUAAACAAUAAAUAAAACCAAGUAACCAGCCAGUACAAGCAACGUCCAGCAGUACAAAAGCACAACUCAGAUGCAGGACAGCCAUAAAACCGGUAUUAAAGUAGCAAUAUAACAAAUUUAUGAAUGAUGCUUGAUCGAUCGGUUCAGAGCAAUUAUAGCUCUGGGGAAAAAGCUAUUUUCAGUCUGGAAGUGCGGGCAUAGAAAAUCUUAUAACGUCUGCCAGAUGGAAGAAGUUCAAACAGAUGAUUGCAUGGGUGUGUAUUGAGGAAGAGGAUUCCUUGGAACGUAUGCGGGAUAGUUUUCUGAACCAACAUGUCAAGGAACCAACUAGAGAGCAGGCCAAUCUAGACUGGGUAUUGAGCAAUGAGGAAGGGUUAGUAAUCUUGUCGUGCGAGGCCCCUUGGGUAAGAGUGACCAUAAUAUGGUGGAAUUCUUCAUUAAGAUGGAGAGUGACAUAGUUAAUUCAGAAACAAAGGUUCUGAACUUGAAGAGGGGUAACUUUGAAGGUAUGAGACGUGAAUUAGCUAAGAUAGACUGGCAAAUGACACUUAAAGGAUUGAUGGUGGAUAUGCAAU